AGUAAUGAAAAAUACAUGCUCCUCCCGUCUAAUGGACCGUUGAAUUAUCGUAAUUUACCAGUUUACUAUUCUGUUGAGUCGAGAUACGAGGGUUCUGGGGACAAGAGAAUUUCGCCUUUUAUAGGCAAUGAGAAGUACAUGCGGUUAGUCCAGAAACCACGCUCCACAUUCCGCGACUACGCGGCGUCGCCGCCGUCGCCGGCGAGGCGUGGUGGCAAGGCGUUACUAUUUGCCGGCGGCUGCUCCGCCGCCUCACUGGCACUGGCACCCGUCAGAAAAGGUAGCGGCGGCGUUGACUGUCGUCGAGAGAAAGCGCGGAAACCACCGACGAGGCGUAGUGGCAAGACGUUAUUAUUUACCGGCGGCUGCUCCGCCGCCUCACUCGCACUGGCACCCGUAAAAAAUGGUAACGGCGGUGAGUGUCGUCGAGAAAAAGCGCAGAAACCACCGGCGGCGGCGGCGGCAUCCACAUUAUCCUCUUCCAACACUCAUGUCUUUCAGGUGGUGGUGAUGAGAGUUUCUCUUCAUUGUCAGGGCUGUGCUAGUAAAGUCAAGAAACACCUCUCUAAAAUGGAAGGAGUGACAUCUUUCAGCAUAGACUUAGAGAACAAGAAGGUGACGGUGAUGGGGAACGUGUCGCCGGCGGGAGUACUCGAAAGCGUAUCGAAGGUAAAAAGGGCAGAGUUUUGGCCCUAUUGAAGCCGGCAGGCCGCCGGAACAUCGCCGGAAAAGUGCAGGGAGUCGAAUGAUAUAUAGCUGCCAUUAAUACCGAUCAGAUCAGAUGAUCACAUGCAUGGAGUAUAUGUAGUUAGACAAAGUGGUUGUGUAAUUAAUGGGGCUGGAGGCUGGUCCCCAUGAUAAAGAGAGUAAAGAAUUAUAGGGAAACCUAGUCAUACAUAAGUAUUUGGAUCUUGAUCCAAUGUGGCUAUUAUUCUCUUGAUUUAUGUGCGACAUUCUUUCACUAUGUUUUGUGUUUCAUGUUUUGGUUUGUUUUGUUUUUUGUUCAUCAGCUUAUGCUAGCAAUUAAUGACAAUAUAAUGUAACUGAUAGCUUAGGGAGUAUAACAUGUACUAAGUAGCUUGGAGUGUUGUAAAGAUCUUGAGUCUUGACUCGCUUGGUGGUUA